AUAAAUAUAUGGUUGUUGUAUCAAAAUAGAAUUUUCUUAUUUUUCACUAAAAUAAACAUUUUGGUAUCAAUUUUAUUGUGCACCAUAGUGGCAGUAACAGGUGAACUGCAAGUGGUAGAUGGUAGGAUUAAAAUUACAACAUUUACAACAGCAGGAUGUGUCGACACUGUGAAUUUCAUUAACGAUCACCUGGCGCCAGCUUACGCAGCCUACAAAGAACUAUUGGAAAUUGAGUUCGUGCCUUGGGGAAGAACUGUGCGAUACCCGAAUGGUACAUAUUAUUAUUGCCAGUUUCAAUUGCCGGGCUGCUGGGCCAAUCGUCUCCAUAGAUGUGUGUUAAACAUACUGAGAGAGGACUCUGAUGCCCAAAUGAAAUAUAUGCAAUGUGAGUUCCGUGAGGUGGAUUUACAACCCAGUUUCCAUAAUGGCAGUUAUAUUUGUGCUCAAAAUGUAGGAGUCAGUUUAAUUGACGUCGAUUACUGUAUGAAUAAUCGUGAUAUUGAUGAUUUAGACGAUAUAGCAGAAGAAGCAACAAAAGAGCCUUUAGAAGUUAUUGAUUUUAUUCCUGCCAUAGUUUUCAAUGACAAUGCCGUGCUUGCGGAACACAAUGAAGCAUUAAACCGUUUAGAGAGUAUGCUGUGUUUUGCAUUUGCCGAUAAUGAGGACACUGGUGUAUCUUUCUGUCAUGUCGAUAAUAAUUAA